AUGGCAAAAUUACAGCUAACAAAACAGUCAUUUCUAUGUGCCUUGCUGCUUACCCAGUUUGCGACUGCUUCGCAAACGGACUAUUCGGUCAGAUACUCAAAUAACACUGUCAAUGAAAGCGAUACAUUCUCAGCUCUAAGUACUGCUGCGAAUGAGGACUCGGUUUACUCUUCUGGCGACACUAGUUCCUUACUGGGUGAUUAUUCAUCUAGUAUUACGUCAAGUGAUAUCCGUAUUCCUAGUGCUAGUUUGAGUGAUACAGGUACCAGCACCCAUGAAGUAUAUAAUGAAUCAAGGUUGGAUUAUGACACAGAAUUAUCGAAAGAAUCUUCCCAGAUUGCUUUUACCUCAAGUUAUUUGGACUCCACAUUAAUUUCAACAAGUAGUCAAAAUAUUGCGACAUCCAUUGCUACCUCACAUUAUGAAUAUGAUGAGUCGAGCACUAUUCAGCAAGAAAAAAGUAUCUCUAUAGGUGAAAUUGAUAGCACUCAAGAAUCUGAAACUAUAACUCAGAAAGAAAUUCACCAAUCUAGCUAUUUAAUGGAUAGUAGUUUAAGUACACUAACAACAGAGAACUUGGAAGACAGCGAGUCAGCAAAACCAAAUGAUAGUACCCAUGAAUUGGAAACUAAUACCUUCAAGAGUUACGGACAGUCAUCUAUAGAAAUCACUGAUUCUCCAUCGACUAGCCAAGUUCAAAACUAUUCUGUUGAAAGUUCUAAAGAAAACAGUUCAACCAAUGAAUAUGAAAGCAGCUCCAAUCUUUACUCAACCUUAAGUAAGUCUAGUUAUAAUUAUGAAACAACAUUCACUACAUCUAGUGAUAGCUACGAUAUUGAUAUGACCAGAUCCAGUAAUGAUUAUGAUGUUAUAGUUUCCACAACUAGUGAUUAUAACAGUCAGAUGACGAUUUCUGCUAAUGAAUAUAGUGAUGACUCGAUUACAUCAACUAUUACUUUAGCUACUGAACAUACCCUAUCUAGUGAUGAUUAUACCUCUGAAGUGGAAACGUCUAAUAUCGAGUUCAGUGAGAAAUUGUCUAUUGACAGUAACUAUAAUUUUACCAUUACUACAAUUACCACACAGGAAUCUGCUACAUCGAUAAGGUAUGAUGAAAAUAGUUCAGCAAUUACUAUCACCUCAGUUUAUCCAACGACUAUAACCUCUACCAUCUGUGAUUUGUGCACCGAGAAACCCUUAUCCUCAACCGCAGGUAAAGUCACAACCAUUUACUAUACAAGCUCGAGUCAAGAUACUACUAUAAGUAGUAAUACUGAUUCUUACCAGUUAACUACUAUUCAAAUAACGACUAGUAACAGCGAUGAUAUCGAAUAUACUACGGAAUCAAUCGCACUCGUUUCAACGUCAACAACCUGGAUUGAUGAAACUCAAAUUGUUUAUACCACUUGGUGUCCUCUUUCGUCACAAUCCGUAACUCCUAUAAAUUCUACUAGUUAUUUGGAUGCACCACCUUCUGAUUUAGAGUUUAAUACAACCAGCGGUUCCUAUUUAUUAUCAACAGUAGCUACAGAUGUUGAUAGUACAUAUACUACAUUGAUUUCGUUGACUGAUGAAUCUUUUUCUUCCAGUUCUUCUACAUCGGAAGAAAGUUCAAUAUCAGAAACUACUUUAUCGUCGUCCGAACACUAUUCUUCUGAAGAUUUAGUAUUAACAUCUUCAACAGUCACUUCCCAAUUUUCGUUAAGUUCCAAGCCUUUCAUAGCAUCUAUCAGUUCAUUAACUGUAUCCCCACUAAGUGAAAGCAGUAUGUCUCUUACAACUAGUAAUAUUACACUAACCGAUUCACCAUCAACUUUAGAUAAAACUGCUAUCUCUUCCUAUUAUCAUUCGGUUGAAUCGAUUAGUUACACGUUACCAAGCUCAGAAUUAGAAACUUCCUCAGUUAUAAGCACUACGACAUAUGAUAAAGAGACUGCAAACACUGGUAAAGACAUUACAAAUAAAACGAGUGCCUUAGUCAAAUCAUCAACUGAAUUGGUACCAACAUCACAAGAAGUUUAUUCCAUUCAACCAGAAAGUUUUUCGGAAGAAGUUGUUACAUCACUUUCCAUAACUGUUAUUACUUCAACUAUUGAAGUCUGUAGUAACGAUAUAUGUACAAAGUCAUUAGAUUUCAUUACUAGCACUAGUAUCGUAAUGAUUUCCUCCGAUCAUUCGAUUUCUACAACUCCGACUCUAACUCAACAAAUUAGUUCAAGCUCCAUUCCAAUAUCUAUAAGCUCUAUAUAUACAGAGCCAUCCUUUAAUGAAACUACGACACGUUCACCUACUACAAUUGUUGAAAUUUGUACCGAAGAAACUUGUAUUGAUAGCAGCGAUGAAACCGACUCUUCAGCUGAGGCUACUUCUUCCUCGACAACCGUUUCUUCUUAUGUGGUUAAAUGGACCUCUUCAACUAUUACCACUACAAUAAGUGGUAUUAAGACCAUUUACACUACCUACUGCCCAUUGACUGACAUAAGUAGUUCCACUUCUUCAUCCACGAUUACAUCCCAACCUACUAUCAGGUCUGCUUCAAUUUUAAUAUCAUCAACUUCUACGUCGGUUUCUACUUCCAAGUGGACCUCUUCAACUAUCACUACAACAAUUAGUGGCGUUAAAACUGUUUACACAACCUACUGUCCAUUAACUGAUACAGACAGCUCUGCUUCUUCAUCUGCAAUUACAUCCCAACCUACUUCUACACCCUCCACAUUCACAGCGCAUUCCACUACCACAUCCAACUCUGCUACUACAUCUGUAUCAUCCACAUUGUCUCCAUCCACUACUACGUCACCAGCUGCUUCCAAGUGGGCCUCUUCUACUAUCACUACAACAAUUAGUGGUAUCAGGACCAUUUACACUACCUAUUGCCCAUUAACUGAAAUAAGUAGUUCUAUUUUUACAUACAGCACCACAUCCCAGUCUGUUAUUCUAUCCUCCUCAGCUACCGCUACCUCACUUUCUGCUUCCAAGUGGAUUUCUUCAACUAUUACCACUACAGUAAGUGGUAUGGAGACGAUUUAUACAACAUACUGUCCAUUUACUGAUGUUAGUAGUUCUCCUACAAUUGCUUCAACUAUCGAAGUUCCUUCGUCCACAACUGUUUCUACAAUUAUAUCAUCUUCCUCAUAUCUACCAGUCUCUCCAUCUACUGUCACUUCUCCAUCGAAUACAGCUUUAAAUCCUGCUACAACUAACACAUCUGGUACUGAAACGACAGUAACUUCUUACAUAACUUCUACUUCCAAGUUAACUUCAUCCACCGAUAUAAAUGUGACACGUUCCGGAGUUGAUUAUUCAACAAACGAAAAUCUUCCAUUUUCAACAGAAACAAGUACUUCUAGUAUUAUUGUUGAAACUCCAGUAUCAAAAACCUUAGCUGCAAUUACUGACUCUUCUUUAACUACGGUGAGCAUUUUACAACAGACUUCUAACUCUCACUAUGGAACAUCUACAACAUCUGGGAUUCAGGAUUAUAAUGGCAGUGCAUCUUCAUUGAAAAUUAGUAAUUUUAUAAUUGCAUUAUUAUCCCUAUUCAUGUUAAUUUGA